GCUGAUGGGCACUUGGGUGAAUAGCGUUCAGUUUUGCAACAAGUUCCCUAAUGAACUAUAAGGAUGGGCUACACUCGGUCCAGGGCGUUGUGCGGGGCAUUCGACAUUCGCUUCGUGCGAAACACUACUCGGAACAAACUGUAUUGGACACGACCGCCAGAGCUCAGCUCAAAAUCUCACAAAUCGAUUCCCGAACGCCAAUUUCUCCUUCCCUAAUUGAUUCCUUCCAUCGCCGACAUGAUUAUUUGCGAAUAUCACUCACAGAGAGAUGCAAUUUACGUUGCUUUUAUUGCAUGCCCAAUGAAGGUGUCGAGCUAUCGCCACCACAGCACCUACUGACGGACAGCGAAGUCAUUCGACUAGCAACUUUAUUCGUUAAGGGUGGUGUAACGAAGAUUCGUUUGACUGGCGGAGAACCGACAAUUAGAAAAGGUAUCAUUGAAAUUAUAGGUCGUCUAGAUGAGCUGCGUGUACAUGGUCUGAAAUCGAUAGGGAUGACCACUAACGGUCUCAUACUCCACCGGCGUCUGCCCGAGUUCGUUGCGAAUGGACUUACACAUAUCAAUCUGAGCUUGGAUACUAUGGAUCCUUUCAAGUUUGAAAUCAUGACUCGACGCCGCGGACAUGAAGCUGUCCUUCGCUCUCUUGAAGCCGCCCUAUUAUCCCCCGAUCUAGUAUCUGUAAAGUUAAAUGUAGUUGUCAUGAAAGGUCUGAAUGAUCAUGAAGUGGUUGACUUCGUGGAAAUGACCAAAGGCCACAAUCUUUCGGUUCGUUUCAUCGAAUUUAUGCCUUUUACAGGUAAUAAAUGGGAUAAGGCAAAGAUGGUACCAUCGUCAGAAUUGCUAGCCAAUAUUGCAAAUCGUUAUCCAGACAUUGCUCGAGCCCCUGGUAAAAUUAAUGAUACCGCUCGCUCAUGGAAAAUUCCAGGCUAUCGUGGCAGUAUCGGGUUCAUCAGUAGCAUGUCGGACCACUUCUGUGCUUCUUGCAACCGUCUCCGUUUAACUGCGGACGGUCAAAUAAAGGUGUGUUUAUUCGAUGCAAAAGAAAUAUCUCUUCGAGAUGAAAUGCGAGGAGGAGCAAGUGAUACUGAGUUACUCCAGCUCAUUAGUAGCGCAGUCCGAGGCAAGAAGGAGAAACAUGCUGGGAUGGAGGAUAUUGAUGUUGUCACAAAUCGACCGAUGACUCUCAUUGGAGGUGUCAUCUCCGAUAAGCGCAAACUUCCAACUUUGUCUUCACUACGAAAAAAACAUAUGUUACCCUAUUUUUCUCUUUCAAGCGUUACGUCAUCCUAUCAUAUUCAUUGUCGAAUGAAUUCUUCUGUUGCCAGUGACCCGAUAUCCCCCUUGACCCAUAUCGACGUUACCGGCCGGCCUUGCAUGGUGGAUGUGGGGGAUAAACAGCCUUCAAAGCGCAUAGCCGCGGCCACUGGUCGUAUUUACAUUCCUAAGACCGCUUAUGAUCUUGUGUCGCCAAGCAAUCCAAAUGGUAGUGACUCAAACAUUUCAGUUGGAUACGAGUCAACAAUGGUCAAGGCCCGGUCGAAAGGGGAUGUUCUUACCGUAGCGCAGUUGGCUGCAAUGAUGGGAUGCAAGCGAACGGCCGACCUGAUCCCGCUUUGCCAUCCUCUAUCUUUGUCGCACAUCUCCGUCACGCUAGCCGUAGAAUCUCACAAUAGGGAUGGGUUGCUACCACAACGUCAUCAAGUUGUGGAUAAUGUCAGUUACAGUAUCAAAUGUGAUGCCACAGUAUCCUGUGAGGGGAAGACUGGUGUCGAGAUGGAGGCUCUGACUGCUGUAUCCGUCGGGCUUCUAACGGUAUGGGAUAUGCUGAAGGCAGUUGCGGGGAAGGAAAUGAUGAUCGGAGAUAUAUGUGUUACACACAAGGAAGGUGGGAAAGGUGAUAACUUUGAAAGACAGUACAAGGGGAACAAGAGUAGUUAA